CACUUCUGCCCAUAAUAAGAAAAACAGACUUGUGCCUUGCUCUUAAAAGAAAAAAAAAAAAGAAUAAUAAAUAUAGGUUUUAAAAAAAUUUUAUAUAAUUUUUAAAACCCCGUUUGUUGCAUGUGGUCCUUUUCCCUCCUGUUGCUGAACAGAAGAAAAGCCUAUUUUGCCAGGGCCCACAGUCCUGGCGGCCCCCGCAGCUGCGGCCCUGUAACUUUAAACCUGGCCUGAGAUCAUCGUUUUGGCGCCGGCCAAACAGAGCCCGAGGGCGGGCCUAGCGCGCCCGGACGGAGACCACCUUGCGGCCGACCCCGCUCCCCCGCCUCCUCGGGAGAGAUAAAUGCUGAGUCCGCUCGGAAAAGUUCUCAACUGCAAAGUUUGCUGUCCGGCUGCCUGGGGUCUGGGAAGCUCGGGCACCCUCCCGCGCCGGGGCUCCUGCUUCCACCGCUCCGGCCCCCACCGUCGCGCUCCUCCAGGCUGGGCCUGUGGCCGCGGCGCUUUUUAAUCUUCCCCUAGCGCAGAAACUUGCUGCUCGGCCCCCAGGAGAGCAACUCAACGGGAACGAUGUGGAAGGUGUCAGCUCUGCUCUUCGUUUUGGGAAGCGCAUCGCUCUGGGUCCUGGCAGAAGGGGGUAAGGCCCAGCGCAAGUGGCUUCCUGCGGUCGCUGAUGGGGACGAGCGAGCAGAGACUUGCUGGAAUGCCCGGGCCUGGUAUUAUUCGAGGUUGUCCAGGGGAGCGCGGGGGAGCUGAGGGUGUGUGCGUGCCAGGCGGCUCAGCGCCGGAGGAGGAGAGGCAGCGGCUUAGCCGGUGCCAGGUCCCAAAGACGCAGCUGCGCGGGUGUGCAGGGAGGAGCCCCGGAAUCCACAGGCUGCGAGCCAGCACGGGCCAGCCAGAAGAUGACGUUGAGACUACAGGUAUGGAAGGCGGCGUUGCGAUGCCAGGUGCCGAAGAUGAUGUGGUGACACCAGGAACCAGUGAAGACCGCUAUAAGUCUGGCUUGACAACUCUGGUAGCAACAAGUGUCAACAGUGUAACAGACAUUCACAUCGAGGAUCUGCCAACCCCAGAAAGCACAGUCCACGCCCAAGAACAAAGUCCGAGCACCACAGCCUCAAAUGUGGCAACCAGUCACUCCACAGACAAAGUGGAUGGAGACACACAGACAACAAUUGAGAAAGAUGGUUUGGCGACAGUGACCCUGGUUGGAAUCAUCGUUGGGGUCUUACUAGCCAUUGGCUUCAUUGGUGGGAUCAUCGUUGUGGUUAUGCGAAAAAUGUCGGGAAGGUACUCGCCCUAAAGAGCUGAAGGGUUACGCCCUGCUGCCAGCAUGCUUAAAAGAGACCGUUUCUGACUCUGCGCCCUGUCCCUGAGCUCGUGGGAGAAGAUGACCCGUGGAACACUUGCCCGGCCCACUCGGAAUCCACGGUGACCUCUCCGCUUGCCAAAGUAACUGAAGGAAAGACCGUUCACCAGACUUGGCUCCUCUAAACAUUUGCCUUUCAAACAUGUUUUUGAAUAUACAUUCUCUAAAAGAUGAUUUGAAAGACAAAAUUCGUAGAAAAUGGAGCACAACUGUAUAAGCUGAUUUGUAACUAAGACUGGACCGUUGGAUCGAUGUUAGAUGCUGUAACCAUGUGUCUCCGUCUGACCGUUCUUGUUAUUGUUAAAAUGCAGAGGAAUCUGGAAAUAUUUAUAUCCACGGAGUCCUUGGAUCCAGUGCCACGUCAGUAAAUAGCACCAGCGUUUUGCAAUUGCUGAUCUGCUGACAUGUACCACACAUUCUGGUCUAGUUUGUUCUAUCUUUUAAAGCCUGAUCUGGUGUGAAUAAUCAAGUAGAAAAUCUAAACUUGGAUAACACGUGAUGAGCAACUGCCUUUAGCUGGUCCCGAUUAAUCAUUUCAAAGACAUCCAUUUUAGAUCACAAGCAGGAAGUCUAUAGUCUCAAAGGCACUUUGUAUCUCCCGAGUAGGCCACCAGGCAGCCCCUAGAGUUGCUUUACCCAAAUCCUUCUCCAGCCAUGACUUGGUGACUCCAAGCUUGCUCCCACCUGCCCCCUCCACUUCCCUCAGAUGAUGGGGAGCCAGGGCUAAGGGGGUAGCCUUCUCUCUUCCCAAUGAUGCAUAUCCUUCGGAUUGGCUGCUUUGUUCUGGAAUAUGGAUAUCUCAGCCUGGAUGCCGAGGAAGCUGCCGGAUGCCUCAUGGUGCUAGUGGCUCAAGUGUUUUUGAAACUAAGAGCCACGUUGGCCCCCGUGCAGAAAGAAAUCCUAUGUGAGCCUCUCGUAUGAGAAACAAAAUCUGCCAGUUUUAUAACAGCAUUCACUUUCUGCCUCUGAGGAAAGACACAGGGAACAAAAAUCAUUUUGUACAAUCUUAAUUUUAAAAGCAGCUGGACUUAAAUACCUGGUUUAAAAAUAGAAGAUAUCCCCGGUCCUCAUGACAUACCACAAAUAUCUGUGGGGUCCUAUUGAAAAAAACGAAAUAAAGGAGCCCAAGGGGUCAUUCUGUCUCAGCACCAUCCAGCCCGGCACUUCUCUUCCCAUAUAUCCGUUGGAUUUUUUUGGUUUUUUUCUAAACAAAGUUUUUAUACUGAGCAGAUGUUCUGCCGUGAUUGCGGUUGUGCAAUUCUGGUAUCCUCUAAAUUUGUAAGCAUUCGUAAAACAGGAAAAAGUAAACUAUCAGUCAGAAGCACAGCCCGUUCCUCCCAUUUUUUGCAAUAACGUGUGGAUGUUAUUUUAAACAGUGUGUCUAUGUGUUCCCAAAUCCAGCUGGCCCCACCGGCUCAGAUUCCACAUAUAUAUAUAUCUAUUUUUUGAAACGUAGUCUGCAACCUCCGCCUCCCGGCAAUUGUACGUGUGUCAGGGCAUCAAAAAGCAAUUCUCCUGCCUCAGCCUCCCAAGUAGCUGGGACUAGAGUUGCCCGCCACCACACGCGGCUAAUUUUUGUAUUUUUAGUAGAGACGGGGUUUCACCGUGUUGGCGAGGAUGGUCUCGAUCUCUUGACCUCGUGAUCUGCCUGCCUCGGCCUCCCGAAGUGUUGGGAUUACAGGUGUGAGCCACUGUGCCCUUCCUCAGAUCCCAUAUUUGAACAUCAGCUGUUUGAGAGAAGGGGGAUGAGAAGAGCUGGAUGAGUUUAAAUAACUUUCACUUUCAUUGUUCAGAUUCCUGAACAGGAGUUGGGAUAAUGGCCAUCUUCUCUUUCCUAUCCUUUCUUCCCCCCUCACUGUGAAAAAUAACAGUUCACCCCAAGUCAUACACUGGACCCAGUGCCUGCGGGGACAGGACUGUGGGUUUCUUGGUCACACCUGUGUUGGUGCUCAAUGCAGUGUAGACAUGUUUUCAAAUAAAACAGAUGAUUGUGUACAA